AGAGCCGCGUGGUAAACAAAAAGCAGGGGAAUCUAUUCAAUCAGCAGACACUCGAGUGGAAGGAACGAACGUUGCCCUAGCUCCAUUUCGUGGAAAUCUUAUUUCAUCUCCGUGAAGUCUAACGUUGGAGACCGAGAGAUAUAUUCAUCAUGACGACUGACGGUGAUGUCAAUCCCAAGGCUUACCCUUUGGCCGAGCAGGCCCUUACCACCAAGAUCUUGAACCUGGUUCAACAAGCUGUUAACUACAAGCAGCUUCGCAAGGGUGCCAACGAAGCCACGAAAACCCUGAACCGCGGCCAAGCGGAGUUCGUAGUGUUGGCGGCCGAUGCCGAACCAUUGGAAAUUCUGCUCCAUAUUCCGUUGUUGUGCGAGGACAAGAACGUUCCUUAUGUGUUUGUUCGCUCCAAGCAAGCUUUGGGACGAGCUUGCGGUGUGUCACGGUCCGUGAUUUCGGCUUCCAUCACCCAAAAUGAAGGAUCUCAAAUCAAGCCCCAGAUCACCACCAUUCAAAACGAAAUCGAGAAGCUUUUGGUGUGAUUUAUCGGCUUACGUAUUUGUGUCCGGUCUACGUGACCUAACUAACUGGUAUGAUCGUUGUAUACACUGUUGACACAUUUCACGAGUAUUAAAUGUACAACCUAAUA